CUUUUUUAAACAGCCAGAAGUGCAAGCAAGAUGUUUUUUGAGUGCGUUCGAGUUUUAGUGAUUAUGUUCGUAUUUAGUCAAAUUAGUGGCGGACAGUUCCUUCCUUACUCUAGUCUACCAGACAAACCGCCUCCCGUGCCAUUUCCAGCGUGCCGGGCAGAUAACAUCGACUGCUUGCGGCGGGGUUUGAGGACAUUUUUCAUCCUAAUGGAUACUGGGCACCUGGGAAUGAACCCGAUCGACCCCACCAUUGUCAACAGUGUUGCCAUAUCGCUGCCGGAGCAACAAAUGUCGUUUUUGCUAAGAAGGGCGAAUGUCACAGGCGCGCGAUGGACGCGUUUGGCGGACAGGAAAUUCAACUUAGAGGGUGGCAAAAGCGGAGCCACGUUCAAUAGCGACCUUCACGUUACAGGAGAAAUAUGUAUGACCACCGCAGCUAGGGCAGACCCGUUCAUCGCAUACAUCACCAUGGAUAUAGAAAACGUGGAAACCAAUGUGACUUACAACUGGUCAGCUCAGAGAGGAAUAAACAAAGAAGAUUACAUCCUCAUAGGACAAGACAGGAUAGCUAUCAGGAACAUGCGACUUCCCACUUAUUUUAUACAACCAAAUUCCGAAGAUUCUCAAAUAAUAGACAACGCCUUGCAAGCAAAGCAAUCUGUUCUGGACCACAUCUCCAAUGAGAUCACCGCCGCGGUUAUGCACACCGUGGUGGACAACUUUAGAAUAUUUGCCAGCAAUGUACCAGCAAAGUAUUAUUACAAAUAUAUCUGAUUGUUAUUGUUUCUCUGUAUUCCUCUGAUUUAUGCUGUAUUAGCUUUUACCCGC